CGGUCUCCUUUCCGAUGCCAUCUCAAUUCUACAAAAAGCAGAGCAUGGAAAAGAAAAGGGAAACAGAGCAAAGCAACGGUAACAACGAAUCCGAAUCCAGGACGGAGAGAAAAGGAAAAGGGAGAUCAGGAUGUCGAAUAAUAAGAAGAGGAAACAAAGGGGGAAAGAAGAGGUAGGAGAAGAAAGAGAGGGAUUUCUGAGCCCAAAUUGCAGAGUGGUGGAGUAUCUUCAGCCACUGAUGUCGAAGGAGCUACUGGUCAAGUUCCCGGACAACUCCGACUUCGAUUUUAACUACUCCGAGAGCUCGAUAUGGUCGCCUCUCGUCCCUCGUAUCCACAAUUAUGGUGGUGGGUUCCCGUCAGAUUCGGAAAACAGGGGCGAGAGGCCGAGGAAGAGGAUGAAGGUGAAGAAAAUGGCGGUGGCAGGGGAGGUUGAAGCAAAAACUGCCACUUCGUGCAACUUCAGUUUCGGAUUGACGAAGAUGAAGAAGAAGAAGAGGAAGGAAGGAAUAAUGGUGGACUCUGUUUUCUCUUCAAAUCCUGUGGAGGGCUCUGUUUCCUGUGCCCCUCUGGCUACUAAGGGUUGGAAUAAGGUGCUGAAAGCUGCCACUAAGCAUUUUAAGAGGAGCAAAACGAAGACGACGAAGAGGAGAGAUCCACGUGUCAGGCUGUCCAACUAUCUGGUGAAAUUCCCUGAAGAAUUAUGAUCUUCUUCUUCCCCUGAAUUCGCAUUUGCCAGUUCUAUUUUAUGAUAACAAUAUUCUACGUUGUCGAAUCUUCAUGUAUGGAAAUGAAAGUGAAACGAAAGAUAGGAAGUUCCAUCUUUCAUCAUAAAACAAUGCUGCCAGUCCAUCUCGUGUUGCUCUGGCCGACUGUCUUUUUCUACGAGGACAAGCGAGUGCUAAUCGUCAAAUCGCAAUAGGAGACUAGAAAGCAAAGAAGGAACUAAAUAGUUGUCGCCGGAAUGUGAUUGACUAUUGAAUAUUGAUAUGGUCCAUGCCUCAACCUAUAGUUUGAAUUGAAUUUCUUGUGUGAGUUUCUUAUUAAUAGAUGGGGGACGAUACCAACGAAUGAUUACAAGUUAGGUUGAGAAAAAGGAGAAGCUUAUGUAUGGCCUUUAUGAAAAUUUAGAAUCACAUAAUUUUUGGAUUUACGACGUUGUGUUAGGUAUUGGCAGAUCAAAUUCUAUGCAGCUUCGAGUUGAAC